UUGCCCUGGAUUUAAUCUGACCGCAAGGUAACACGCAACGGUGUUCUGAAAGCAAAGAAAGCUUGGGGAAACGCAUCCGUGCUACUCCAGGGAGGAGAAGGGAACUCCCAAAUAUAACUUAAUUCUUAAGAAAUCCUCAAAGGUCCAUGGAUUCUAGCUGGUCUCCAGAAGAUAUUUCCCAGAGACUGGAGCCAGUUUUGUAAGAUUAAGAUGCUUCCUCUCUGUCCUCAGGAAGCACCUAACUAAAUGUAAUCCACAAGAAGGCUCUGGAUGUUUUGGAAUGAUCACUUGUAAUGAAUUUCUGCUGCAAUGAAGUGAGCUAAUGACAGAGACAACAGAAAGUGAAGCUUAUCAAAAGGAGAGUUUGGGAAGCAGUGUAUUUUCAGGACUAGUCAGGGUGUGAGGGCCCUGGCUGGCUCAGCACAGAUGUUCUCACAGCUGUCCAGGGUUCUCCCUGGUUUCUAAAAGUUGAUUCCUUACCGCCCAGACAGAGUGAGUAUUCCUUUUACAUGGAAAGGAAUCACCACAAGCUCUUGAAAAGAGCAAAGCUGGAUCCUUGAAGGUUGGCCAUGGAAGAAGGACCCACAUGGGAAGGGGUGCCAGGAUGUGCCAGCACCAUCUUUUGCUUUGGGGAGCUCUCAAUUACCCUCCCCCCAAGGUGGAGAUGUCUGCCCCGAGGUUAAUUUCUAACAGAACGUCUCAGCAAUCUACAUUUAAUUCCGAUUACACCUGGGAAUAUGAGUAUUAUGAGAUUGGACCAAUUUCCUUUGAAGGACUGAAGGCUCAUAAAUAUUCCAUUGUGAUUGGAUUUUGGGUUGGUCUUGCAGUCUUCGUGAUUUUCAUGUUUUUUGUGCUGACCUUGCUGACUAAGACGGGAGCCCCACACCAAGACUGCACUGUGACUGGAAGAAGAUGCCUGGAGAUAUCACCCCUGCCCUUCCGUUCUUCAUCUGGCAAUUCAGAAUCUUCGGAGAAGAGAUUUCGAAUGAACAGCUUUGUGUCAGACUUUGGAAGACCGCUGGAGCCAGACAAAGUGUUUUCUCGACAGGGCAAUGAGGAAUCCAGGUCUCUCUUUCACUGCUACAUCAAUGAAGGAGAACACUCGGACAAGGCCAAAGCUUGUCACCAGACCACAGCCCUUGACAGCGAUGUUCAACUCCAGGAAGCCAUCAGCGGCGGGCGACCAGAGGAGGAGCUGAACAGGCUCAUGAAAUUUGACAUCCCCAACUUCGUGAACACAGACCAGAACUCCUUUGGGGACGAUGAUCUUCUGAUUUCGGAACCACCUAUUGUUCUAGAAAAUAAGCCAGUUUCCCAGACCUCACACAAAGACCUGGAUUGAGAAACAUGCGCUAUAAAGUGUCUUCCUGAAGAUGUUGGGUCUGUGUUUGUAAAACAAGAAAUCUCCAUUCACCAAAAUUGUGUGUGUGUGUGUGUGUGUGUGUGUGUGUGUGUGUGUGUGUGUGACAGAGAGAGAGAGAGAGAGAGACUGAGACACAGACAGACAGACAAAGAUGAAGAGAGCCCCCUCAGAAGAGAGAUGAUUUCACUGAGUUUUUAUGCCUUUAAACACAUUUAGGGGUUUUUUGGGAUAAAGUGUUUAAAUUGUCUCAUCUUCUUGUUGUUGAAAAAUUUGGCCACGUACUCAGUGUCAGUGUUCUUGAAUGGGGGUUAUCAUACUGUGUUCCAAUCUGGCCCUGCCACUACCAUGCUCUACCUUUAGCAAGUUGCUUUACCUCUCUGACUGCCACAUUUUGAACUGUAAGGUGAGGAGUCUGGAGUAGCUAAUCCAUCCCAUCUCUAAUAUUUUGUGAAUUUAUGAGUUUGCAUCCAGAUGACGCUGGAGUAUACAUAAAGCAUUAUCCACUAGGGCACUGCCUCCUAUUUUUUAUUGUAGGAUCCCCCAAGUGUUUGCACAUUCCACUCAACCCUUCUUAUCCCAGCUUUUGUCAGGGGCCUGGGUGUCUGCCAGGAUGCUAAGAGAUUCGUCUCACACAGUCGCUGUGGCCAACAUUUCUGUUGGUUGUGCUAAAACAGCUCUUCUGAGAAUCCCUGGCCACCUAUGCUCAAACCUGGGGACAGACUUCCCCACACACACAAUAAAGUAAGUACCAAUUCAUGGCACAUCCCAUGGCACUCCUUUCCCCAAGAAAUGUAGGAAAGGUGAUCAGCUGAGAGAGGUGACUUUUGUGUGUCUGUGUUGGUGUAUCUGUGUCUUGUCACACUGCUGUGCCAGUGGCUACUGAACAACAAAAGUGGCAUUUCCCAUGCUAUCUAUUUACUUGGUAGAUGUGUAAGUGAUUGUCAUCUGACUACUAUGUGGCUUUGAGCUGAGUUGGUGAAUGUUGUAAAUAUCCUACCAACAGAUAUUCAGAGCGGCCUGGUGAAACACAGAGUUACACCUGCACACUGGCGUUGGAAACAGCUUGGUGUUGUACACCGAGUCAGCUGUAUGCAUGGCCAGCUGCUAAUCUCUGGCUGGCAUUUUCAUUAUGAAUUUGUUCACCACCUGUCUUGCUAAAGCUAAAAAAUAAAUGCAUUGGAUU